AUGUCCAGCGACGAUGAGCUUAUGUCUGACCAGAUGUCUGAUGCGUACGGUGACGACGACGAGGAUAGCUUAGGCGAGCUAGAUUAUGAGGAAGAUGGCGGUGAAUACAUUGAUGAAGGGAAAGAGGAAAAACCAACGAAAAGGUCCUACGAGGUUGAAUUUAAAGUAUACUCUGAUGAUCAAAUUCGGAAGAGCCAGCAAAACCAGGUCGAGGAGGUAGCAAGCAUACUCGGACUACCUGGGGAACAGGUCGCAAUUUUGUUACGCCACUUCAAAUGGCAGAAGGACCGCCUUAUUGAGAAAUACAUGGACAGUGGUGAGGAAGUACUUGAAGAAGCUGGUCUGGGUCCAAGUUACGACACACCACCAAAGCUAGAGACGGUCCAGGGCUUCGUGUGUGAUAUUUGUUGUGACGAUGAAGUUGGGCUAGAUACUUACGCGAUGAGAUGCAACCAUCGGUAUUGUGUGAACUGUUACCGGCAGUAUCUGGAAUCAAAAAUAAAGGACGAAGGGGAGGCAACUCGUAUACAGUGCCCAUCCGAGGGUUGCUCCAUGAUAGUGGACUCAAAGACGGUAGACCUAUUGGUUCCCGUAGAGAUAGAUAAAAGAUAUAAGGAGCUAUUGAAUAGGACAUAUGUAGAUGAUAAGCCCAACCUACGUUGGUGCCCAGCGCCCAACUGCGAAUACGCUGUGGACUGCGCAAUACGACCGGUCCAGCUUCACACUAUAGUUCCGUCUGUCAACUGUCGAUGUGGCCAUAAUUUUUGCUUUGGGUGCGGAUUUUCCGAACAUCAGCCCUGUCCCUGCGCACUUGUCAAAAAGUGGUUGAAGAAGUGUGAGGAUGAUUCGGAGACUGCGAACUGGAUAUCUGCAAACACUAAAGAGUGUCCCAAAUGUGUCUCCACGAUUGAGAAGAACGGAGGAUGUAAUCACAUGACCUGUCGAAAAUGUAAGCACGAAUUUUGUUGGGUCUGUAUGGGGCCCUGGGCAGAACACGGAACGAGCUGGUACAACUGCAAUCGAUUUGAGGAAAAGAGCGGCUCGGAAGCCCGUGACCAACAAGCAAAAUCACGUGCUUCAUUAGAGCGAUAUCUUCAUUACUACAAUCGCUAUGCCAACCACGAUCUUUCAGCGAAGCUAGACAAGGAUCUUUAUGUUAAGACGGAAAAGAAAAUGACAACACUCCAGUCUUCUUCUGGAAUGUCAUGGAUCGAAGUUCAAUAUCUUGAAGCAGCAUCCAAAGUUCUCCAACAGUGCCGUCAAACCCUAAAAUGGACCUAUGCUUUUGCGUUUUACCUUGAAAGAAACAACCACACCUACAUCUUCGAGGAUAAUCAGAAAGAUUUGGAAAUGGCCGUUGAACAUUUAAGUGAGCUCUUUGAGAAGCCGACAGAUCAACUUUCAACCGCCAAAAAUGAUAUGCUUGACAAGACGGCAUACGUCAAGAGUAGGCGCAUGAUCCUGCUUGACUACACCGCUAAAAGCUUGGCGGCGGAAGAGUAA